AUGGGCCUGAGCCACUCUAAGGCUCACCCAAAGGUGACCAAGGUAGCACCUUUGCAAAACAAAGAGGAAGAGACUCCCUCAGCCGGCCCUGUGGACUUUGUAUUCACUGAGAAUCCAGAAGAAAAGAGCUCAUAUUCGUUUGCAAGACUGGAGGAACGGAAUAAAGCUUUGGAAGGGCAGUUGCCACCUCUAAGAGAGACCUGGUAUGGAAGAUAUUCUGCAGGACCGAGGGCCAUGUAUUUUGACAUCCCACUGGAACAGGGAGAAACAAGUAUUAUUAAAAGGCAUCCACCCCGAAGACUUCAAAAGCUUGAACCCAUUGACCUGCCACAAGUAAUUACUUCUGAAAGGCUCCUGAGCCAGGAAGAAGCUGGGAAGACUCCCAAAGCCAAGCAGGAACUGGAAAAGAAGAUGCAAACUCUAAUGUAUCCUUCUGGGAAAAGACAAUAUUUACAUAAGAUGCAAAUGCUGGAAAUGAACCGUAAAAGACAAGAGGCCCAAGUGGAACUGAAGACAAGUCUUCACAAGGAGGCAAGAACUAAUAAGCAGAAACAGAAGGACCAUAAAGUCAAGAAAAUCCUUCAAAGCAUCCCAAGAAAUGACGACGGUGACUUUCUAACCUUGUUGCCUGAUGAAACCUUGAACAGAAGUCCAGAAAAUACACAGAAUGCAGAAUUUCUGGAACAUCAAGCAAGUAAUGACUAUUGUUCCCAGAAAAUUGGCAAAUUGGAAACAUGGUUCCGUGAACGAGAGGCUCAUGGACAGUUUCUCUGGGACAGUUCCAGCUCUGACUCAGAUGAGUUGGGGAAAGACGAGAAGAAACCACGAGCACUGGUGAGGACCAGGACAGAGAGAAUUCCACUUUCUGAUGAGUUUUUUGAUUGA